CCCAGCGCGCCCGCCUCCCGCCGCCCGGGGCACCGCUCUGCGGGCUACCUCCGGCCCGGGAGCCCCUUCGGACCCGGGGAGCAGCAGCUGCUGAAUUAACAAUUUCAAGAUGCCAGGCGGCGCAAGGAUCUCAUUCAAUGGUGUGGAUUCCUCUCUUUCAUCUUUGAAAAACUGCCAGGCUUACAUAAAUACCGGGAUGGAAAUUGCUACUCACGUUGCCCUUGACCUUGUGGAAAGUUUCAAUGAUGCAGAGGAUGUUAAUUCUAUGGAAAAAGUCAUGCUAGAAUAUGCUGCAAUGGAUAGAGAACUUAAUCACUACAUGACAGCAAUUGAAGAAACAGUAAGCCAGAUAAAGAGAGAAAAACCAGAAACUAUACCAGAUUUAAAAAAUUUGGUAAAAGAGAAAUUCACUGCACUGGAGAGCAUGAACAGUGACUCAGAUUUGCAAAGGAAUGAAAAAUAUGUGUAUUUUAAGGAUCAGCUUAAAGAGAUGAGAAAACAAUUUCAUCGUCAGUUAGAUAAUGAUGAGGCCAUUGAACAAAUCGAUGAAGAUAUAGCUGUGACUCAGAGUCAGAUGAACUUUAUUUGUCCUAUUACACAGAUGCAAAUGAAGAGGCCAGUUCGAAACAAAGUCUGUGGACACACUUAUGAAGAAGAUGCCAUUCUAAAAAUCAUCCAGACCCGAAAGCAGCAAAAGAAAAAGAUCCAGUGCCCUAAAAUUGGCUGUAGCCAUUCUGAUGUAAAAGAAUCAGAUCUUAUGCCAGAUGAAGCACUUAAAAGAGCGAUUGACAGUCAGAAUAAACAAAGCUGGUCAGCACUGGAGAAGUCAGCUGGAUGUGCUGCUGCCACAAAAAUUUGUUAUUAGAGGUCUUGUGAGAUAAGCUGCUGAUUGUAAGUCGGUUGUGUAACUGAUUGUUAUUUAAAGUGUUUCACUUAUAGGCAAAGUUGAAGGUCUCAGCUAUAGCUGAAAGCAUUUUUUUUUAGCUGCCAAAUAGGAGGAAUUCCAGUUUAACUUGUUUGGGGUUUUUUACCUUCCUGAAAUUCUGAAAAGCCUGCAUUUGAUAAAUAAAGUUUCUUUUGCAGCAUUGAA